AGUUCAGCUGGCGUUUUGCUCUUGUAAAGGCCUAACAUUAUUACAGCUCUAAAUUUAUAAUAGCCAUUGUUGACACGGUCGACUUUUAUAUUUGUUUGGCCAACCAGUAUCACGUGCUCUAUAUACCCAUGUUUUUAACAACCGGGUAGUCCUGGUAUAAAGAUCUAUUGAGUAUAUAGGCCGAGAAAACACUGCAGUGCAGAUGAACUCUGAGAACACUAUGAUUACUGCAUGGUACAUAACGAUCAGAGUCUUAACAUCUGUGUUGUAGACUUUAGAAUAAAAUGGAACACCAUUUUGGAUAUUCGGUGAUCAGAAACUUCGACUACUCUCAGCCAUUCGCAGAAGGUGUCGUCAACAAAGGCCAAAGUGGGCAUCGCAAUCUGCACAUUGUGAGCAAAACAUGUCUCGAUAUCUAUUUACCGAUUCAAAGUCAUGACCCAGCAAGGACUAUCCACAAAGUUUCCAUACCUCACCAAGAUGAGAAACAUGGCGUAGAAUCUCGACAGAAGCUGAUUAUCGGGGAUGCCAGGAAUGCCGCGACGUCGAAAGUCUCCCCGGUCGAUGUGGCAUUAUCUACGCCUACUCGCCAAAAAUAUUCUGCUUUUGAUACAGAUGCUGAUUCAAACGUCGAUGAUAGAGAAGGGCAAAACUGUUCCAAGGAUGUCGAAACUAUCCUGAAGGGUAAAAAGAGGCAACCACCUCUGGUAGUCUUCGGGUAUGGUGGUGGGUGGCGAAGAGGUGACAAGCAGACAUGGCGGCAUUACAUCUCUCGCUGGGACGUCAAUUUGGCUUUGGCGGCACUCGUCGGGCGUGACCGUUACUAUAGCAACGUAGGGGAGAGUUUCGUGAGCCGCGGGAUUCCAUGUGCAGUACUGUCUUACCCCCUCGUACCAACCCCGUUCCCGAUCAAUCUAUUCGAAAUCGGGAGUUCGUUUGUUCUUUCGUUUGCAGUCACCAUUCUGCUAGCCCUAUCCUCGACUUUGAUGCUAGAUGUUGUGCUAAUAUCGCUAUCAUACUCAUCACUCAUGCUCAGAACUUGGGACUACCUACAAAACCACUCGGACUAUCCGAUCCUGACUGUACUGGCAGUAGUUGCAAUUUUAUCACAAUUACUCACUCUUGGAAUCAUGGUGUCUCGAGAACUUUCUCUCAAGAGUAAAAAACAAUCUAAGAGUGGGAUGUCACUUUCAAAAUUGGUAUCUAUUCUCAUUGUUUUCAGUGCAAUCAUCUGGGCAAUAUUAACAUUAGAUAUAUAUUCAUAUUGUUCUUAUAUAACUAACAACAUUUUGUCAGUAUCUGGAGCGCUUGUCUUGUUUGUCCAAUAUUUUGUCUACCACUUUCAGCAGAUGACAACGUUCGGCCAGACGUCUUCAAGAUCUUGUCUUGUUGCCGACCCCAAGGGUCAAGCAAAAUAUGUAGCUCUUGCCCUGAGGUGGCUUGUAGACUAUGGACGGUCAACUGGUCACUUUGAUCCAGAAUCGUUGGUCCUCAUGGGACACUCGGCUGGUGGUCAUCUGCUGUCACUUGUAGCCCUUGACCAUCACUAUUUGACAGACGUUGGAAUCGAUCAUCGAAUUAUUAAGGGUGUCAUCACUUUAUCAGCUGUCCAUGAUCUUCGAAGUAUCAGCACAGGAUUACCUUACCACAUCUACCUCAAACCAGCCUUUGGGAAGGAUCCUUCUUACUGGACCAGCAUGUCCCCGGUUGAGUAUAUCAAACUGGAUGAGAAGGUGGUCAAGACGAUGGAUAAAUCUGAUUCUCGUCAGCCUUUGCCCACGCCAACUUCCCCGUCCUUUGGCAACCCCACUCCGACGAAUUUCCGAUCUCCUCUGUCUUCUGCUAUUAACUCAUUUACUCCCCAUCGCCCUCAUUUUCUCAUCAUCAGCGCCGGCAAGGACUUCGAUUUCAUGAUCAAGGACUCUGAGAUGAUGCAUUCCAGUCUAGAGAUCAAUGGGUACCAAUCCCAGAGGCACUUCAUCCAAGGGUGCAACCAUUUCACCAUGGUUAGGAAGUUUGGUUGCCCAUGGUAUCAGUACUGGAUUGGUCAUAUUCUCUGGAAAAGGUGGGGCUGGGAACCCACGGAUGGAGAGCUAAUGUGCUGGGACUUUGUUCAACAACUCUGGAACUCUGGAUAGUCAGAUGUUUUGAAUUGGUGAUAAUAAUGAAUUAAAUAUUUGAUUGAAAAAACACCUUUUUUAAUACCAAAAUUGAUGCAUUACUUUAGGGUACCGUUUCAUGUUUAUUCCCCCUCUGGCUGUUACCAUAGUAACGGUUAGAUAACGUUGCCAUCAUGGCAACUACCAUGGGAACAUGGCUCAGCAGCAAUAAACAUAAAGGUGAGAGUUACCAUAAUGACAAAGUUACCAUGUUUCUUUUAGAUAAUUGAUCAUCCUUUCAAAAGGGGUCCCAGUAUACUUCUUAGUCAAUAAUAAAAAAAACAUGGCUUUUUCACUGACAUGGUCAAAACUGAUAAUUUAGUAAGUUUUUUACAAAUUACGUGAAACGAUGCACGGGGCCUUCUUACAAAGUAUUCAAAUAAUAUUCAAACUGAGAAUGAUCUAUAUUAUGUAGUGACAUAUGAGAUCGAUCGGAAGUUAUCCUAAUAUAUCGCAACUCCAAAUAAGAUAUGAACCACAUCAUAGUUCCAAAAAAUGCUACCACUAUUUUCAUAGUCAAUCACAUCCCGACUUAUUUAAUUUGAUUUAAUUUAUUGUUUCAUAUUCCACAAAAAUACAAACAUAUAGGCAGGGCAUAAGAACAUGAGAAUAAUUACAUUCACUCUUUAACAAAGUAAUUAAAGUAAUUGAAUAACGUGAAAUAUGAGGAACCUAUCAAAAAGCAGUGGCGUACAGAUAUCGGGAGGGUAGUGGCGCUUGCCCCUACCCCCAAUUUUUCAUGACAAAAAAAAGAUAAAGGGAAGAAAAGGACAGAGAGAUUAAGGUGAAAUAUAUUAUUUUCUAAAUAUUAUGUCAAAAUCUAUCACAAAAUCAUAUUUUUGAUUGAUUGAUUGAUUUUAUUUGUCAGGUAACUAUGAACAAGUACAAUAAAAUAUGCACAGAAGUGUAUACCUUGACAGGAUAACCCAUGAAAGCCGAGAUGGCUUAUUUCCAAUGGGGUCCUUACAUCAGUAAUUGAAGACAAUGUACAUCUAAUGUACAUAAAAAUGUUAGUCUUUUAUCACUCCCUCGCAACGUUUUAUAAAUUUUGUCCGAUACGCCAUAUCCGGCCCCCUCCAAAUGUUGGGUUCAUUACGCCACUGUUAAAGCAUAGCUUGUAAUCAUGGGUUCCAUUUCGUUGAUUCAUCGAUAAAUCUCCUCAUGAUACGGUGCCUAGUCCAAUGUGUAUCUAAUUGUCCUGACUGCAGUAACAAAAUUAAGUUAAUAAUAAAUGAACCACGAUUUAUUAAUAUUAUACAAAAUUACAUUCGAAAUAGAAAAUACUUGUCUUUGUUGAUCCACAAGAAUCAAAACUGGCGGGAAUGAGUACAACAAUCAACCAUGAACAUUGCUUUUAAAAAAGCGUCAAGGGAGUAGGAUGAUACUUCUGUACGUCAAACUGUUGCCAUUAAAACAAAAUCAGUGGAUCAGUGGGUAUAAGCCGUAUUUGCCAGUGACGUAAUAAAUAUUUAUUAACAAGGGGUGGAAUCCUCUAUAAUGAUUACAUGCGAAUAUUUGUCUUUGGUAUAUCAGCACUCGGGUCCAUUUCAUGAAAGUUGUCAGCACUGACAAGUUGUCUUUCUCCGACAGUUACCAUAGCAACAGUCAGAGGCCAGUGCUUCUUAGCCAAUCAAAACCAAGGAUUUCACUGAAAUAGUCAGCACUGACAACUUUGAUGAAACACCCCCCUGGACUGAUAUAUUUUGAGAGAGAGAGAGAGAGAGCAGUGGUGUAAUGAGCCCAAAAUUUUGAGGGGGCUCGAUAUGGUGUACCGUGUAAAAUUAAUAAAAAGUUGUGAGCGAGCAGAAGCGAGAGAGCAAAAAUUUUGAAUAUUUAAUUAUUAAACUCCAAGUUUGUAAUAGAUUUUGACAUAAUAUCCAGUAAAUAAGAUAAUAUUU